AUGGGACCACGUGAAAUAAAUGAUGACAUUUUUCCCAAAGAUGAAAAUAAUCGUCAUUUUUCUAAAAUAUACAAAAUAAGAAAAUUUGACAACAAUGAAAAAGUUAAAAGACGAUGGCUUGUAUAUUCUAAAACCAUUGAUCGGGUGUUUUGUUUUUGUUGCAAACUUUUUAAUAGUUCUCAUAGGACACUAUCCACAAUAGGCAAUAAUGACUGGAAACAUAUGACAACAACACUUAUUUCUCAUGAAAAAUCACCUGAGCAUUUUACUGCAUACAAAAAGUGGCACGAAUGUGAAUUAAGAUUAAAACUUGGUAGAUGUAUUGAUAAUGACCUGCAACGAGUAAUGAAUACAGAAGUUAAAUAUUGGAAAAGUAUUUUAGAAAGGUUAAUAUCAAUAACUUUAUACUUGUCCAAACACAAUCUAGCUUUCCGAGGAUCGUCUGAUAAACUAUUUGAAAGAAAUAAUGGAAACUAUUAG